UUAUCUACUCGUUUCAGUUAGUCCUUUGCCUAGACAAACAGACAGACAGACGCGUGGUGAAAUUAAAAUUUCCAUUUUAUUCAAUUUCACCUCAGUUACGUGAACCAAAAUGCAGCAUCAUGCACAUGUUGCACGCACAGCUCCGCCGCAUAUGCGUGCCCAUCACAUGGCAGUGCCGCCGCCGCACUCGCAGACUCAGUCGCACAUGCCGCGUUUGAAUAUGACACAUGUACCACCGCCGCCAACUGGACAACAGCAACAGCAACAGCCACUGCAAAGCAGCCAGCAGCAAAAUCAGCCCCAACAUCUUACCAAUGGUCCAGCGCCGAGCAGCGGUGGCGGCAGCGCUGCAGUCAUCACCGGAUCGAAAAUUGGCGCGCCAUCGCAUAUGCGCGAUCAUCAUACGCGUUUGAACCAACAAGCACUUCAGCAACACCAACCCCAGCAUCCUCCGUCGAUGCACAAUAGCACGCAGCUACAAAAAUUACGUCAGCAGCAUCAACAUAUAAACAACAACAACAACAGCAAUAGUACAAACAAAAACAACUAUCAUCAUCAUCAACCUCAGCAAUACAACAGCGCAAGCAACACGCACGGCAAUGUUCUGCCAGCUCAAACAGCACAACAACAUCAACAAAAACAAACAUCGCAAACGUCACACCAUACGUCACGGAAUCCAUCAACACAUCAGCAUCAGUCCCAGCAUCAACAACAUCCACUACACCAACAACAGCCGCAGCUGCAACAGCAGCAGCAGCAGCAACCACCGCCGCUGCAACCACAGCAGCAGCAACAACAUACACUUGCAGUGUCUCAAAUGCCUCCCCAGCAGGCGCUUGGACAUUUAAAGCAUCCACAACAACAUGUGCAACAAACGCCAGCUGCACAGCAGCAUCCACAACCACAACAACAAAUACAAACAACAUUGAAUCCGGCAAGCAAUAUUGUCAGCGGACACUCGCAGCCACCGCCACAGCCACCCACACAACAUCCUCAACAGCAACCACCUGCCGCUUUGAACUAUUACACUGGCGGCGUUACUCAAAUAAACAACAAUAAUAUACACAAGUCAAAAUAUAAACCCAACGUUGGCGGUGGCGGUGGUAAUGGAGCUGGUGGUGGUGGAAUGCAACCAAAAACUAUUUUACAAAAUCCAAAUCGCAUUCUGAAAGCACGAUUGCACAGCAGCGCGGCAGCAAAUAACAUUGAGGUGACCACUAUUGGUCCCUUGGUGAGCAUAGAAGAAACUAAUAAGGUAUCAAAGAGCAGUAAUAUCAGCGAUGGCGGCGGUGUCAAUAAUGUUGUAAGCGCCGCAGAGGCAUCAGUAAAAGCGAAUGUGGUUGUAGCUGUAACUGCAAGCGCAGUAAUUCCUUCGAACAUUAGGCAGGAGUGUACGAAAAAUGGGCAAAACACAAGCCAGAAUGACGCUUCCAUAAAUGAUGCUAAAAAGGAAAACGUGACGAGUGGGACACAAAAUGCAAAAAUUAGCAAUGAAGCGAGUAGUAGCAAUGCAACAAGUAAUAACAACAAUAUUUUGUCCAACGAAGACAACACCGUGCCAAAGAAUUCGAAAGAGAAGACCCCAAUGUGUCUCGUCAACGAGCUGGCGCGUUUCAAUAAAAUCACACAUCAGUAUCGUUUAACCAGUGAAAAGGGUCCGGCGCAUUGCAAGCGAUUCACUGUCACUCUAAAAUUGGGCGAUGAGGAAUAUUCAGCGGAGGGUUUCAAAAUCAAGAAAGCUCAACAUCUAGCAGCAGCCGAAGCUAUUGAAAAAACCAAAUACAAACAUCCUGUGCCGAAAGUGAUUCGUCGCAAUACUGAUGGAGAGGGCAGUUCAUCUCGCGCCAAUAUUACGCCCACAGUUGAAUUGAAUGCGUUGGCCAUGAAAUUAGGCCAACAGACAUAUUAUCUAUUAGAUCCACGUCAAGUGGCAUCACCCGAUAGCAUGGGACCACCACCGGACGCCAUGAUGCCCCCGCGCUAUGGUGUACCACCGCCACCAUCGCAUGCGCUUCCACCACCCGGCAUGGGCAGCGGUCAUAUGAUGCCCCAACACGCACCACCACCGCCGCCACCACAUGUGCAUAUGAUGGAUCCGCCUGCAUAUCUGCGACGAAAUGGGCCCUAUGCAGUACCGCCUGCGCCACCGUUGCACGGUCAUCCUACCUCCGGACCGGGCAUGCGUCCACGCUAUGGUGCACCACCUCAGCGCGCAUACAUGCCAAAAUAUGGCCAGCAGCAACGAUAUGCAUUAAUGGCGCCACCGCAUAUGGCUGGUGGUCCACACAAUGGCAUGGCCCCACCACCACCGAUGCCGCACCAUCCGCAUCAUCCUCAUCAUGGUUCAGUUCCACAUCGUUAUGGUAUGCCAGCAGCAUUGACCAGAGUUACGCUUGUCGUUGGCAAGCAGAAAUUUGUUGGAAUGGGGUACACAUUACAACAAGCCAAACAUGACGCAGCGUCUCGUGCGUUACAGGUGCUUAAAGCGCAGGCCGCUACACAGCUGAACGAAGCACUAAAUAACAGCCUGGAGGAAAGCGAUAGCAAAUCACCCAUCUCGCUGGUGCAUGAGAUCGGCAUACAACGUAGCAUGACGGUGCAUUUCAAAGUGCUGCGCGAAGAAGGACCGGCUCACAUGAAGAAGUUCGUAACCGCAUGCGUUGUGGGCUCCAUAGUGACAGAGGGCGAGGGCAAUGGAAAGAAAACAUCAAAGAAACGCGCCGCCGAAAAAAUGUUGGAAGAGCUAAAGAAGCUGCCGCCACUAACACCAACAAAGUCGCCGGUUAAGCGUAUUAAAGUUAAAACACCCAGCAAGGCUGCAGCAAAUGCUGACGGAGCUGGUGGUGGCAGUGGAAAGUCUGGUGGCGCCGGUGGUGAACGACGCAAACGCGGCAGUGGCUCGAUCAAAGAGAAAAGUGAAGCAGAGGCCGAUGCAGAGAACCCCAUAACGCAACUCAUCCAAUUGCAGCAGAAUCGCAAAGAAAAAGAACCUGUGUUUGAGCUAAUAGCGAAAAACGGAAACGAGAACUCGCGUCGACGUGAAUUUAUAAUCGAGGUGAGCGCACAUGGCAUGGUGGCACGCGGCACCGGCAACAGCAAAAAGCUAGCCAAACGUAAUGCUGCACAAAAUUUGCUCAUAGCCAUGGGUGAAAGUGACACCGAUACCGCUGGCGUCAACACUGCCUCAGCACCCGCCACCAUACAGACAGCUGCUGCUAAAGAGAGAUACGCCCGAGCGCCUGCAACCGCCAUCGAUGGAGUCUCUUCACAUUCAGAGCAGCCGAAUACAGUCUUGCAGCCAAUUGCUGAAGUACCGCCACCUGCUGUUGCCGCCGAGGCGCAUCUUGAUUUGCCGCUCGUGUCCACCCCAGCUGGACAAGUACCCGGCAUUUUGAUACUGCGCCAUAAUAAAAAAAAUGCCGUCAAGAAAAAGGAGUGUGCGCCCAGUGCAAGUUGCGUAAUGGCAGAGAAUAAUGAAAACAAACGUGCCGCCGAUUUAACUAUUGGCGCUGGUGUGCAAGCAGUGCAACAGCCUGCUGUUAAAAGCGCUGCUACUGAUAUUGUGAAAGAAAGUGAAGUGGAAAUCGCGUUGAGCGCUAAUCCACCUAGUGCUGUGGUGCAGCCGGUGGCAGCGCCUAUUACCAACAAUGCUCAAAAAGCUGUUAGCAGUGCACCCAGCAGCGCAACAACAACAACAACAGCAAGGGCGAGCAGCAGUGCAUCCAAGCCAGCAGGCGUGCAUAUGAAGGAUCAGCUGCUGUACCUUGCAAAGCUUUUGGGAUUCGAGGUGAACUUUUCCGAUUAUCCAAAGGGAAACCAUAGCGAAUUUCUUACCAUUGUAACGCUCUCUUCGGAACCACCACAAAUUUGUCAUGGCGUGGGCAGCAGCGCUGAGGAAUCUCAAAAUGAUGCUGCUAGAAAUGCAUUGAAAAUACUUAGUGAAUUAGGCCUAAAUAAUGCUGCGAAAUAAAAGCAGCAUGCAAACGCUGAGAAGGAGCGGAGCGUAUAUAAUAAAAUACGAAAAGUGGGAAAAUAAUAUUCAAAUUGAAUUUGGCGCAACCAAAUCUAUAUAAAAUAUGUAGAGAGUCUCUACUAGAGACGAGAGACGUUAAAUAAACGUGGGGAGCGAAGGAAGCGGAAAAAUAUGCAGCGUACUUUCUCACUCAUUACUACUUUAAGAAUGUUAAAUGAGGUUCAACUGCAGAUUUUCAUUCAAUUGAAAAGGGCAGAACCGCAAAAUAUGUGCAACAAAAAAAGUUAAAUUGAU